UGAAAGGUUCUGGACCCUCCAGGACUCUGGAACCAGCUCCUUGAAAGGUUCUGGACCCUCCAGGACUCUGGAACCAGCUCAUUGAAAGGGGCUGGACCCUCCAGGACUCUGGAGUUGCCCCGGGUGAGAGGCGGCAGGCUGGUGUGGGCUUGGUUAUAGCCCCUCAGCUCAGUCGCCAUGUGUUGGAGUUCACCCCGGUGAACGAGAGGGUCGUUUCCCUGCACCUUCGGGUCGGGAAAAGGUCUCUCACUGUUGUUUGUGCCUACGGGCCGAACAGCAGUGGGGAGUACCCGGCCUUCUUGGAGUCCCUGGGAGGAGUACUGGAUAGUGCUCCAACUGGGAGGAGUACUGGAUAGUGCUCCAACUGGGGACUCCAUGGUUCUACUGGGAGGAGUACUGGAUAGUGCUCCAACUGGGAGGAGUACUGGAUUGUGCUCCAACUGGAGACUCCAUGGUUCUACUGGGAGGAGUACUGGAUAGUGCUCCAACUGGAGACUCCAAGGUUCUACUGGGAGGAGUGCUGGAUAGUGCUCCAACUGGGGACUCCAUGGUUCUACUGGGGGACUUCAACGCUCACGUGGGUAAUGACAGUGAUACCUGGAGAGGCUUGAUUGGGAGGAACGGCCUCCCCGAUCUGAACCCGAGCGGUGUUCUGUUAUUGGACUUCUGUGCUAGCCACAGUUUGUCCAUCACGAACACCAUGUUCAAGCAUAAGGGUGUCCAUCAGUGCACGUGGCACCAGGACACCCUAGGAGGUCAAUGAUCGACUUUGUUGUUGUUUCAUCUGACCUUCGGCCGCAUGUCUUGGACACUCGGGUGAAGAGAGGGGCUGAGCUGUCAACUGAUCACCACCUGGUGGUGAGUUGGAUGCGCUGGCGGAGGGGGAGGUUGGACAGACCGGGCAGACCCAAACGGAUUGUGAGGAUUGUGAGUACCAUGGGCUUGCUGAUUGGCCAUGGGCUUGCUGAUUGGGUAACGUAUUGCGUCACGCAUCGCGUCACUUCCUGGUGUUGCGGUCUGUGCUGCUGCCGUCUCACGGCGUUUGCAGGCUCAGAUCUCUCCCGACUUUUUAUCUAAAACUUAGACUGUUUUCUGGUAAAAUAGCACUAUAUCUGGUACAUUACUGUCUUUAUUUCAACACUCGCUCAUUUUCUCUUCCGUAACUUUCACUGUCACCAAUCACCGAUACAUUUUCUGUCCGUUAGCCUCCGUUAGCAUCUUAGCAUGGCCGCUCCGGCUCCCACCGCUUCACCUCUUUCCUGCUCAGUGUGUGAAAUGUUUAGUUAUUCCUCUGCCUCCUUUAGUGAAGACGGUAAGUGCUUAAAGUGUAGCUUAUUUGCAGGGCUGGAGGCGAGGCUCAGUCAGUUAGAGGUCCGGUUUGGCCAACUAAACCAUAGUCCGAGAGCCUCCUCAGCUAACCAGGCUAAGCUAGCGGCGGACCAGCCCGUAGCAGCUGAGCGUAACCGCUCCCCUGCAGCUCCCGAGCAGCCGGCCAGGCAGGGCAGCUGGGUGACGGUUCGGAGGAAGGGUAGUCUUAAAGGGCUCACGGAACACCACCCGCUUCAUGUGUCUAACCGUUAUUCCCCACUCAGCGACACAUCUGUUGAGAAACAGACCCUGGUGAUUGGAGACUCUAUUGUGAGACAUGUGAAGCCGACUCCAGAGACCUUAGUUAGGUGUAUCCCGGGGGCCAGAGCGGGCGACAUAGAAGCAAAUUUGAAGCUACUGGCAAAGGGUAAUCGUAAAUAUGGUAAAGUUAUCAUCAAUGUUGGAGCUAAUGACUCCCGUCUUCGCCAGUCGGAAGUAACCAGAAUGAAUAUUGUCUCGGUGUGUAACUUCGCCAAGACCAUGUCGGACUCUGUAGGUUUUUCUGGCCCCCUCCCCAAUCUGACCAGCGAUGACAUGUUUAGUCGCAUGCUCUCGCUCCGCCGCUGGUUGUCUCAGUGGUGUUCAGAAAACGACGUGGACUUUAUUGACAACUGGGAGACAUUCUGGGGAAAGCCCGGUCUGAUUAGAAGGGACGGCAUUCAUCCCACCCGGGAUGGUGCAGCUCUUAUGUCUAGAAAUCUGGCCAAUGUUAUUAGACACUCCCCCUGACAAUGCAGGGUCCAGGCCAGGAUGCAGAGCUGUAGUUUA